UCUGCUGCUCAAAUGCCCUUCUCCUCGUCCAAAAUAGAUUACCAACAGGAGUAUUUGAGCGCAGCAGACGAAGCAGGCACCUAUGCUAAGCUAGGACAAUAGCAUCUGUUUCUCUCCCCUCAUCCUUCUCAUCUAUCAAGGAAGAAAAGGAUUUGGAUUUCCCAAUCAUGGCCUGCAUUUUCACAAUUACUGCGGUACUCGUUAGCUUGUUGUUGAUCUUGAUUCGCCUGCUCUAUGUUUUGUACCGAACGGGCAAACCCCUCAAAACCAGAGGCUCAGCAGGCUUAACACCGCCACCCCUUAGUACACUCAUUAUAUUAGGCUCAGGAGGUCACACCGCAGAGAUGCUCAAUCUGUUAUCCGUGCUGCAAAAAGACAGAUUUUCCCCCAGGUUCUACAUUGCUGCUGCUACUGACAAUAUGAGUCUCCAGAAAGCUCAGUUGCUAGAAGAGACUGAGGAUAAGGUGGAAGAGAUUUCACGGUCACAGUUCAUGCAGAUCUAUCGAAGUAGGGAAGUGGGUCAAUCUUAUAUAACCUCUGCUUUGACUACUUUGAUUGCUACCGUUCAUGCGCUUUGGCUAAUGCUAAGUAUCAGACCUCAAGUGAUUCUAUGCAAUGGGCCUGGGACUUGUAUUCCACUUUGUGUAAUUGCAUUCUUAUUUAAGGUUGUGGGGAUUAAAUGGUCAUCUGUGUUUUACGUUGAGAGUAUAGCAAGAGUACAAAGGCUUUCCCUAAGUGGCUUGCUUCUUUACAAGUUGCGGAUAGCUGAUCAGUUCUUUGUCCAAUGGCCACAACUACAGAGGAAAUAUCCCCGAGCUCACUAUGUUGGCUGUCUCAUGUAGUCGCUUUGAUAGUUCCUAACAUCCCACAAGCUUUUACAAUCUACAAACCUAGUUGACAACUCAGAAACUUCACACUGAUGGAACUGACGAGAAUUGUGUUAUACCACCCACGAGGACUGGGUAAGAACUAAUCAACUGUUGUAAUGGUUUUUGUGCUAUACUGAUUUGAUAAUAAAUUCAGUUCACAGUGAUGCCAUUUUGAAAUGUUAA